CAAAGUUGAUAUCUCAGAUCGAUAUUAAUAUCCAUAGCUUUCAAGUAAAUUCUCGGAGUUGUUCAUUGCACUAUGGAUUUCUUUGAGCAACGAUACUACGUAUUAAAUAAACGUUUCCUGUCUUAUUUUGGUAUGUGGCCAUUAGACAAUUCUAUAAAAAGAACAACUGAUAUGGAUGCUUUCAUUGAAUGCAUACCCCCUAUACUGGUGAUUAAUUGUUCUAUGAUAAAAGCAUUUAAUGUUGGUUAUCAUAUGAAUCAUUUUCAAAUGCUUUUAAAACAUAUCGAAAAAGAUUGGAAAGGUUUAACGGAUGUUAAAGAAAUGGCAAUUCUUUCAACAUAUUCUGAAUCCGGCCGUAAAUUAACAAUAUGGUAUACGUUUUACAUAAGUUUGACAACUGUAUUAUAUUUAUCAUUGCCUUUAUCACCGGUCGUUCUUAACAUUGUAUCACCGUUAAACGUGUCACGAAAAAUGGAGCUUCUUUUUUGUACGGAAUAUUUCGUAGAAGAAGAAAAUUACUUUAAUGAAAUUUUAUUCUACGAUUAUGCAAUUACAAUAUUAGUAGUUGCAGUUUUAAUUGCAACAGACUCACUGUAUAUAGUAUAUUCAGAACAUGCUUGCGGUAUAUUUGCGAUUUUAUCCUAUCGAUUAAAUAAUGUAGGUAAAUGCAAGAAUGUCGACGAAAGAUAUGACAACAAUGUGUUUAAUAAAAAAAAGUAUUAUAGUUACGAUGAGAUACAGGAUGAACAAAAUUAUCAAGAGCUUUCGUUUUGUGUCAAAAGACAUAAAUAUGCCAUUGAAUACGUUGGAUUACUCCAAACAUGUUACGCAGAAUCUUUAAUGGCGUUAUUAUUAAUUAAUGUAUUAGGCAUAAGCAUUACAGGAGUUCAAACUAUAAUCAAUAUAAAUAGUUUGUCAAGUGUAUUUAGAUUUGGUUUUUUAACGCUAGGUGAAGCAUUUCAUCUUUUUUUCUUAACACUACCGGGUCAAAGGAUAAUUGAUCACAGUCUUAAGGUAUUUGAAGAUUGUUAUGAGUCAUAUUGGUAUGCACUUUCCACGAAAGGCAGAAAAACACUUGGUUUAAUAUUAUUACGUAGUAUGACACCGUGCCAAUUAAUGGCUGGUGGAUUAUAUUCUAUGACAUUAGAAAAUUUUGUUUCGUUAGUUCAAACGGCUAUGUCUUACUUUACGGUAUUAUCAUCAGUACGAUAAAAUCGUAUAAUUUCUACAUAAAAGUGCAACCAUAAGCAAAUUUAGAGCCAUC